AUGGUCGGAAGUCUGUACUUGCGUGCGGCGGCGGCCACCCUGCUCUUGACCGGGAUGCCCACGAUGGCCGGCUGCAUCGACCCCGCUGCCACCAUCCCGGCAGCCCCCGCAGCCGGUGCCGGGACCGGAGCCACCGCCAAAGCCGCGGCCGAGCCCGGGGCCGAGGCCAAGGACAGUAUCACCUGCCACAUCCUCGACACCACCGCGGGGCGCCCGGCCAAGGGCGUGCGCGUAAGCCUGCAGGGCCCCAACAACAGCACCUUCCAGAGCACCACCGGCGAUGACGGCCGCGUCAACACCUGGGAGUCCGCCGGCGAAGGAGGCCAGAAGCUUGACGAAAUCCUCGCCGCCAGCCAAGGGUCCGAGCAGUGGACGCUGAACUUCAAAACCGGGGAAUACUUCAAAGACACGACUGCCUUCUUCCCUGAGGCCACCGUCGCCUUCGUCGUCGACCAGGGCGAGCGCUACCACGUGCCUCUGCUGCUGACCCCCUUUAGCUAUACUACGUAUCGCGGAAGCUAG